CCAUGUCUCGCACAUGUCCAAACUCAAAUUUCGAUCCAGACAGCUCAACCUCUGCCCAUGACUCGCCUCCAUUGCACAUACCGCCGCCACAAUAAUGGAUAUCGAUGACCUGCUCGCCGAAGUCGCGAUCGACAGCACGCCGCGGGAAACACGCGACUUGCAGGAAUUGACAAGGUGUUGGGUUGCGGAGCGCGUGGCGCCGGAGAUUUUGCAGUGGCCGGGGGAGACGAUGGAUAGGGUGUUGGAGAGGGUGAGACGGCAGAUUGAGCUUGUCGAAGAUCAGACGGGGAAUAUGGACCCGAAGACGAAUUUCAAGUUGAUUGUUAUUCAGACGGAGUUGGAGAGAUUUAAGUUUUUGGUUCGGAGCUUUUUGAGGGCGAGAUUGAAGAAGAUCGACACACACCCCCUCCACAUCCUCAACCAACAUAACGCCUCUCUUGCAUCGCCUCGGCCCCUCCUCUCCCCUUCCGAACACCAAUACCUAACUUCGCACCAAGCGCUUCUCUCUUCCCACUACUCCGCCUCCUUCCUUUCCCAGUUUCCAGCGAGCUUGCAGCGACUAGAUGAUACGACUGGCGGCAUUAGCAUGGUGGACAAGCCGGACGAGGAUAGGGCGGUUUUUGUAAGAUGUUUGAGGGAUGUGGGCGAGGUGUGGGUCGAAGGAACGGAUAGAAGGUUUGAGAUGAAGAGGGGGGAUGUUUGGGUUGUGAGGUGGAGUGCUGUGAGGGGGUGGGUGGGGAGUGGGGAUUGUGAGUUGAUAUGA